AUGAUUAUCGUACGAGCUUGUCUCAUUAUGGCUACAUAUUUUAGCUUUGUCUUGGGAGAUUCUUUCUAUCAAGAGACACUAAACUUGAGGCCGUUGCCCAGAAACAAAUUGCUCUCAACGUUUGAUUUCAAGGUACAGUCAUUGCAAUUUGACACUUUUUAUCAAAAUGACUCCAGCAGCAGUAGAAACUUGAAAGAGAGUCACUAUACCUUAUUUCCCAGCUCCAUUGGUCCAAUAAUAGAAUCAACGAACACUAGGGAGUUGUCGCUAAGGUUUACACAGGGAUGGUGGGAUGCACAGUCAUGGGGCAAACUACCGUACGACGGUUGGUUUAGUGGUGGAACUGGUGUUGAAGUAGUAGCUUUAAUAGAGGCUCCAAGCAUAGAAGUGGCGCGGAAGCAUUGGUCAAAACUAACCAAGAAUUUAUCGGGAUUUUUCUGUGCAUCCUUGAACUUUAUUGACAACGAUAUUACUACAUUUCCAAGGUAUUCGAUUCUGGAUGCCAACACUGGUAAUUAUGAGCCAGAAUUUGGAAACAAACUUUACUUACUUCGUGCGGCAUUACCUAGUGAGCCUAUAUGUACGGAAAAUUUGACGCCCUUUUUGAAGUUAUUGCCCACUGGAGGCAAAGCUGGAAUUUCGUCACUUCUAGACGGGCAUAAAGUGUUUGACUCCUUAUGGCACGGAAUGUCUAUAGAUGUUGUCACAGAAUGCGCCGAAGAUGGUCUUUGCAAAUUGAACUUGUACCAAACUGUGAGCCAAGUUAUUGAUAUUGUUAGAUCUUUGCGCAAGAAGGAAGAAGGAGGGAUACCCAAACCUACCCCCGGUGACAAGUUGAGAUGUGACACUAGUAAGGAAUAUAACUUAUGGCAAUGUUUUCCCUUGAGUGACCCAACUGAAUUGCAAUGGAGUUUAGAGACGUUGUAUGGACGCACUAUUAAAGGACCAGCGUUUGAAGGUGAUCAAGAAGUGAGUAAGGUCCUGAUAGACUAUGAUCCAUCUGCGUGGAAUAUCACCUUGCAAAAGGAAAGCUCCACUUUUGUUGCAACGAGAUCUCUACAAAGUCAUGGAUCAAACACAAUCGUGGAGUCAAUAGUUGAACCGUACGACUAUGACUUUAAAUUUUUCACUUCCAACUCCACCAAAGUGGUGCCCAUUGAGGAGCCUCCUUUAUAUGCCUCGCGCUCGUUAACUGGUUACUCAUUGGACAAGGGCGGCUUGCGUGUUGUUUUUACUAAUCCAGGACAUAAAGAUGUUGAGUUUACUUAUUUUGAAUCAUUGCCCUGGUUUAUGAGACUAUAUCUAAGCACAUUAGAUGUUACUUUGAAGAAUUCAAGUGGUGUCUUUAAUGUCAACAACCACUUGCAGUUCAUAAGGAGUAGUUAUUAUAAGCCAGCAGCUGAUCGCGAAAGGCCCUCACAUUUGGAAUUUGUUUUCAGUGUCCCUCCUUUGCUGACGUUGGCAAUGACGUAUGAUUUCGAUAAAUCAUUGCUUUUAUACAGAGAGUACCCACCAGAUGCAAAUCACGGAUUUGAUAUCGAGCCGGCCGUCAUAAGGGUGAGCGAUAGAGAUCAUCACGGUGGUUAUGAAUUUCGAACAACCAGUUUGUUGCUAACUUUGCCAACUCCCGAUUUCUCAAUGCCUUAUAAUGUUAUCAUUUUAACAUGCACAGUUUUGUCACUUGCGUUUGGUACAAUGUUCAACUUGCUAACAAAGAAAACAGUUACAGAGGAGGAAUUCGAGCUUGCUGCCCAGAAUACAAAAUUUUCCAAAUUCAAGCGAUCCGUACUAUCAAGAAUUGGAAAGCUCAAGACUAAGGUAGAAUAG